AUCUCAAACAUCAAUGUCGGUAAUUAUUACUAUUUGAAAAAUGUUAUUGCAAGCAAGCUCUUAUAUGGCUUCUUAUGUGUCUUAUUCUUCUAUUUCUUGGCUUUAGAUUCCUGGGAAAGAAACAGAAAGGAAAGUAAUAAUGGAUAGUGAGGUGAUAAUUGUAGCAGUUGAUGCUAGUAAAGAAAUCACAGAUUAUGCACUAGAAUGGACAUUUCGAAAUGUAACAAAGGCUAUGGAUUCUUUAACCAUACUUGCAUUGCUUCCAUGUCCACGUCCUCCUUCUUCUGCAAAUCACUUGCUUUCUUGCCUGCUAAGGAAAUGGGGAUUUGGGGAUAGGGACAAGGUGAAGAAUGCAUCAGAUUAUAAUGGCUUCAAUAAAACAGUUCAACAGGAUUCAUUCCGACGAAUAAACAACGUUUGUAUGCAGAUGAUGCAGCAACUGUGUUUAUCCCAUGAUAAGCAAGUUCAUACUCAAGUGAAGAUUGUUGCUGAUGCACAACUAGGAGCAGUGGCCACAGAAGCCAGAGAGCUGGAGGCAAACUGGGUAAUCCUAGAUAGAUGCUUGAAGAAAGAAGGUGAUUUCUGCCUGAAACAGUUGACUUGCAAUAUUGUAAUCAUAGACCAUGCUAUUCCAAAACUUCUUAGUGCAGUUAACCCUCUAGCUGGGAAGAGACUUAGUGUGAGUGCAAUGACUCGAAGUAGUCUUGGCAUCGAAAGUACAGUCUUCAAUUCAGAAUCAUUGUCAAGUAAAGGAAAGGAGCAGUUCUACAAGGCUGGUAGUCCUUCCACCAUUAAGUCCAGAUCCCACGCCCCAAUUCUUCAUUUAAAUUCUGAUUAUUUCCAUCAAGAAGUUGAAGUGCAAACAACAUUUAGCCCUUCUACUUCUUAUGCUCAAUCAGACUUGAUUCAUAAUGAAUCAGCUUUUAAGAUUGGUGAUCCCUUGGAUGGGAAAAUAAAGAGGUCUAGUGGCCUUUUGAAGACUAAAUUUGAUAUGGAAACACCUAAUGUCAUCAAAGCAACACAAACAGUAUCAGUUCCAACUAGAAGAUCAAUCGACUCGCCACGCUUGUUAAGAAAGCCUGAAAGCCCAAAUCAGCUCAAUAACAGAAACUAUUGCAUGAUUAUUCCUGGAGAAGAAAAGCCUGCAUUCCCAUCUUCUCCAACCUUUCAACGAAUCUCAAGUAUCAGGAAGGCUAUGCCUCUUUCUAUUAAGCAUCCACCAACACCCCCACCUCUUUGCUCCAUUUGCAAGCACAAGGCACCUAUUUUUGGCAAGGCAACAAGGAAGUUCAGUUACAGAGAGAUAGAAAGUGCAACUGAUGGAUUCUCAAGGGAUAAUCUCUUGGCAGAUGGUGGAUAUGGUUCAGUAUACAAAGGAAUAUUGUCUGAUGGACAAGUUGUUGCAGUGAAGCAGUACAAGGCGUUCAGUGCACAAGGAGCAUCAGAAUUUUGCUCAGAAGUUGAAAUAUUGAGCUGUGCACAGCACAGGAAUUUGGUGAUGUUGGUGGGAUACUGCAUUGAAAGAGAAUGGCUCCUCAUUUACGAAUUUGCUUGCAAUGGUUCUUUGGAUAAGCAUUUGUAUGGAACCGAGACAAACGAGGUAAUGGCUUGGCACAAUAGAAUGAAGGUUGCAAUAGGUGCUGCUAGAGGUCUGAGAUAUCUCCAUGAAGAUUGCCGAGUCGGAUGCAUUGUACAUAGAGAUUUCAGACCGAACAAUAUCCUCCUUACACAUGACUUUGAACCUAUGGUGGGAGAUUUUGGUCUUGCAAGAUGGCAAGCAGAUGGCCAGUCGGCGGUGGAAACACGAGUUAUUGGCUCUUUUGGGUAUUUAGCACCUGAGUACACGCAAACUGGGCUUAUAACAGAGAAAACUGAUGUCUAUGCAUUUGGGGUUGUGCUGUUGGAGCUCAUAUCUGGCUUUAAAGCUACUGAGUUUUCAAGAAUUACAGGACAACCGUUUGUACAAGAAUGGGGUUGUCUAUUGCUUGAGAGGAAGAUGAUCGAUGCGAUUAUAGACCCUCAACUAAAGCAAAAUUAUGAGGAGAAAGAAGUAGAACGUAUGAUGUAUGCUGCCAGCCUAUGUAUCUCACCAAAGCCAGAAAAAAGAUCAAGAAUGUCCAAGGUAUUGAAAAUAUUAGAAGGAGAUAUUUCCACUGACUUGGCUUGUAAUUAUGGACAACACUCCACCAGUUACUUGAAGCAAUAUGCGCACAACCUCUGUGUUACAGAGAGUCCAGUGAUUCCAUCGCUUGAUCAUAGCCCUUCUUCAUCAAUUCUGAUGCAAACAAUGCAUUAUAUGAACCUAAGCCCAUCCAGAAAAUGCACGGACAGAAACAAUGGCACAUUCAAGACAUUGGUACCUUUUAAAGAAGAAGAAACUGUAAGAGGUGUUCAGGAAUUGAAACAACCUGAAUCAAACAUCAGUGGGGAAUAUCGAGCAUAUUUACAAGGGUCACUGGCCAAAUUUAUUCAGAACCUUAAUGGACAUUGAAAAAAUAUGAG